AGCGGCACGACGCUGAUGAUUCCAUGCGUCUUAUAAAAUCCCAGCUCUCUGACUCUGUAUCUGUUGAUUUAUCCCCGAUCUUUUAAACCCUUUGAAGGUUGCUCUUUUCAGCAUCUCUCUCAUCUUGGGUUCAAUCGCCUUGCGCUCGUGAUCUUCGUGAAGUUUUCCUUAUGGGAAGGUUUUGGCGGGCACGACGGUCGAUUCACGUCCUCGCCUGCACUCUAUCUAGCACUAGCUGUUGUCCGUUCUUUAUGGAUCCGGACAAGGCAUCAUACAUAGUCUACGUUUUUGCAUUGCUCCUCCUCCUGCACGUGCAGCACCCACUUCUUGUGUUUCGAAAAGAUACUCAAACAGUGCGUGCUACUUAGGAAGAUAUGAACACUUACACUGUACAGUGAAAAAUUCUUUUACCUGCUCAACCAACGACAAUUUCUAUUAUCGUGUAGAUGAGAAUCUUCAUCACCAGCUGGCAGAUGCAAAGAAGACCCGUGGCAACAUGACUAGCACUUCCUUUGCAGUGGGUGUCGCUUGCGCGCUGGUGGCUCCUUUGAUGAUUACAGGGGGCUUGGUCGUGUGGGACGCACGCUGGACUGGUCACGCAAUCGCUUUGAACCUGUACAAAUGCGCAGCCGCUUCCGUUUUAUUCGCCAUAACUGCGACUUGUAUCGGCAUAUGGAGAACUGUAAACAUCAACGACAGUGCGGAAGGAGCUUCGUCGACGUUCUUCGGUGAAGAUAGUUACACGGUGUUGCAAUUUUGGGUGCUGAUUGUGUCGGGUCUGAUAGGCAUCACCAUCGGCGACAACUUCUGGCUGACUGCGGUGCAACUGUUUGGGGCACAGAGGGUUGUUUGUAUGAUGCCACUCAUUGAGAACGAAGAUAUGGGAUGAAUGUCGUUCCUAAGUAAGAAGGCAAAUUAUGAGGGGGAGCGGCAUUUUUGAUCCCUUAUCGACGCGGUCAAUGAGUGGAAGCAUUCAUUGUUUUGGUGGAUAGCCUUAAGCCCUUUCUAUUAUGGGUGUAGGGAAUGCGAAUGCAUCAUCUCACUCCCAAGUGAUCUGGAAGAAAAAAACAAGAAGAAAAAGAGACCCACAAGUAGACUCCUGAGGUGAAUUCCCUAUGCCUCUAAUACUAGCGGUGUUUUUGGGAUGGCUCUUUCUGGACGAAGGCGAGUUUCUCGAAAGCUGGGCAUUUGUUGGCGGCCUCACGAUCACUUCUGUAGGCGUGGUUCUCACGGCGAGAGAGGAUAAGGGUGUGGCUGAGGACGGCAACAUCAGCGGACGAGAACCAGAAGUUGUAGAUGAACGAAAGCAGGACCACGAGAUCUUCGCUGACAUCAAGACUGGUGAACAAGCGCAUGCUGCAAAAUCAGAACAGCAGGUCGCUGUCUGUCAGGAACGUAGCGUCGAAGAUGAGCAAAACGGAGUUGAAGAACCGAGUACGGGUAGUUCAGCAGGUGGCACGAGCAGCACAGAUACAGGUCCAUCUGCCCCGGUGACGACUGGUGCUGGACCUGCAGACGCGGCAAUUAUACGAGAUGGUGCUGCAUCAAAUGAAAAUGAUAACCUCGUCCGUGCAGAGCCAGGAGCGGCAGUAGAUGUAGAGCUAACGAGUGUGAACAUUGAAAUCGAGGUUUCGCAAAACGUCGCAGAAGUAGUUGGUGGAUCUAAUGGCGAAGUACACAAAAGCAAACCUUCUAAGGACGCAUCUGCAGCUCCCGAGAAUACUCCAGCUGCGGCUGCACCUAUGAUGUUAAGUCCAUUUAGUGGUCCUGGGAGUCUUUCGCCCGCGGCCCGUUCGGUUUUUUCGAAUGCCGAGAGCCGCUUUUCGGACAUUCGAGAGCAUGUGAAAAAGCGCACUGGCACGGACUCCUUUGCGGGUUACAGCGCUGCUGCUUUCAAUGUGAUUCUCGAUGUUGCUGCUGCCGUGAUGACAAAGAAGUGGUGCAAGAAUUGGAGCCCACUAGACGUUAACUGUGUGCGCUUCGGGUCGACAGCGGUAAUCAUAGGUUUCCUCACUGUUUUGGCGAGGAGGUGGAUGUACAUUCAUGUUCAUCGACAGAAUGAAAGGGCUUGUUGUAACCAUGAACCCAGCAAAGUAGGUGGAGAUGUCAUUAUACGUGACGAAAAAGGUCAUGGAGAAGAAGAGCUUCAACACAACGAAGUCGUGGCAGCAGAAGAUCUUCGCAAGACUGCACGUUGGUACGAGAUGCCGACUCUUUGCAGAAAAGAUUGGCUCUUCGUUUCCGGUGCGGUCUUUUUCGUCACAUUCUUAGGUCCAACAUUAGCUACAGUCGCUCUGUUUCGUCUUCCUGUUGCUCUGGUCAUCGCACUAACCAGCGUAGGUCCCCUCUACGCAUUACCCGCGGUCUACAUUGGCAAAAAUGAGAGUCCCACACUGGCAGGUAUUGCGGGAGCAGCCCUCACCGUCGGCGGAGUCGCACUCCUCUGCUCUGCAUCGCCUUAAUGGCAAACCAGCAUGACGCGGCUGCUAAGAUACUUAUUUCCACUCUCAUUUUUUGAAAUAAGUGAGAUCCAUCCCCAUUCUUCACUGAAACUAUUGAAUUGUUGCUACAGC